CAUCGGGUCCGAGUUCCUAAAUUUCUGGUCCGUCAGGUCUAAAUCUACAUUUGUAUAUUAACAAAAUUUUAUAAAGAAAAUAUUACUUUUACUUCUAAAUGAAUUAAUAUUUAUAUAAAGCUGCAAACUAUUUCAAGAGGUGAAUAACCUCUGGCCAUUUACCUUAUCGGAAAUUUAGUUUGGGUACUUUUCUUUUAAUAAAAGAAAAGAAAAAUUGAUUUAGAAUAAUUUUUCGGAUCUAACUGUGGUUGCAUCGAUUUUAAUAGCUAAUAGAAAGAUCUAGAAUAGACUCAUAUAAUGUACGGAUCAGAUCAGAUCAAAGUUUAUGAAAUCCAAACAUGAUCCUAAGUGUGGAACGAGUCUAACAUUUGAACACAGUCCAACCCCAUAGGUCUCUAAGAACUAGUUGGGUUGGGUCUAACUAGGUUGGGUUGGUGAAAAUUUUCAAUUGGAUACCAAUUGUUUGGUUGCAUUUGAAAGCCUCAAAAUGACUCUUGCAGAAAAAUUCUUGGAUGCUGGAAAAGGUCUGUCUUAUGUCCCUAUAACAAAUGGUCCAUUUAUUGAUGGGCGAAUGACCGGGGUUGAACCCGCGUGUGGUGGAUUCAUAAUCCAUUGUCUUGAUCCACUUGGCUACAUUCGUCCUCUAUCUAGCUAAAGAAUUUUCUCUUUUUUUAUUCAUUAUUAUUGUAUGUAUGCUGGCCUCCAUACAUAAAUCAAGAUAUUGGACAUAGAAUUCCAAUCUUUAAAAUAUAAAAGGAAAAUUCGAAUCAUCCUCGAUUAGUCCUAAGAAGCAACGUUAAACUAUAAGUUAAUCCAAAGUGGGCGCAAUCAAUCCGAAGGUCGAGGCUGCCGUGAAACCAGUCGUUUGGGGUAAUCUUUCUAUGAGAUAGGCUGGGCGCAGGUUGAGAGAACGGGCCGAGAAAAAACAUCCGAAAGCAUGCCGUGUGAUCUGGGCUUAGGUCUAGUGCACGGUGUUAUCAGAAAGCCCUACCCAGCCGAUAAAAGAUACCUAAGUUUGCGAAGUUUGAUGAAAAAGAUAACUCAUACCAUCACUUGCGACUUUUCAUUUCCAACACUAUCCGGUGAGAGAUAACAAGGAUAACCUUAUUUUUCUCUUUCAUAAGAGUUUCAAAAGAAAUGUGGCAAAGUGAAGGCUAAUUAUACUAUCAUUACUCUAAUCCCUGAGACUGCUGACAGGAUUAACUCACUCAUCAAUCCGAUUUAUUUGCGCAUUCUAAUGAAAAAAAAAAGAAUUAUCAAAUGAAAAUUACAGAGCCACCAAUGCUUCUUCUCACUUGAUCGGAAGCUUUGCUUCUCUCCCUCGUCCUGCCAAUCGCCAGCAACCGUGAUACUUGCUGCCAUCAUGCACGCGUCCAUCGCUAGUUGAUAGCAUGAUCGACCCAACGCGUAGCAACGGCUGGGACAGCCGGCCGUUACUAAAUAUAAACAAAGAAACCACCCACGCGGUGCUCGGAAAACCUGGCGCAAACGAGGACGCCACCUUGGCUCCACAAACUCCUCUUGUUUCUGCUCUAAUUUCUGUGCAUAUUAUAACGGCAAAACAUCCUGUAUUCCCAAAAUUCCAAGCUGUCUUUCCAAUUCCCACAGCACCCAUCUCCACUCCCUCUCACGUAUUUAUAGGGACUGCAAGGAAUAGGAGAGAGAGCAUACUCUUUGGGUACGUACAUCUGUUUCCUCUUCUUCUGCUUUCGUUUUUGAUGAUGUUUGUUCCUUCUAUGUGAUUCCUUUCCUGGUUUAUAAAGUUCUACCUUCUGUUGCUUUGAUAGGGAGAGAGAAGAGAGAGAUGGGUGGUUGUGCAAGCAAGCCUAGGGAAUUGGAAGGGGAGACGAAUGCUUCUUUGAUCCAAGAUGAGCAUGGAGAGAAAGGGGAGGGGAAGGAUGUCGUGAAGGAAGCGGCAGGUGGCCAACAGGAGCAGGAGAAUGGCCGCCAAUCUCUUGGCUUCUUGUUAAAGGAGCUUGAAGCCAAAGAAGCAGAGGAAUCCGAGGCGGAGCAUCUUGUGGAGGGAUCUGAAGCUGAAACCGUAGCAAUUGUUCCAGAUGGGAAGUCAACUGCAGCUGAAGCCAAGGAUUCAAUGGAGGAUGAAAUGGUUGUUUCAGAGAAGAAGGAUAUGGAAUUGCCGGUUUCUUCUUUGGUGCAUGCUGCUUGAGAAACUUGAGCAUUGUGCCUUAGGAGCUCAGGAGUCAGGUGGAAAGAAAGGAACUUUUUUCACUUCUUGUGUCUGAGGUGCUUUUGGAAUUGUCUCUUGCCUAUGGUUGUCUUCCUUAUUUUGUCCAUUUGUUCACUGUACAGCUUAUUUUCAGCUCAAGUACAUCAUGUCAUCCCUUCUCUCUC